AUGUCAUGGGCGGGUCCUAAUUUGGCCCGUCUUAGCCGUAUAUCCCCUAUAAAAAAACAUUCCCCGCAGUCCCAGCACUUCCAUAAUAAUCUUGAAGCCACAAUGGAGGAGGUCUUGAAGUUAUACAAAGCAAAGGCCACUGCUGCUGCUGCAAUCAAGCAGACGGAUACACCAUCGACGACCCCGGCAAAGAGAAAAGCGGAUGCACCUCCCGCUGAUGCCGUCGCUAACUAUGGCAACAAGGAAGAUCAAAAGGCAGCCGAUGCUGACAUCGCUGCCGGCAAGGAACCUGAGGAUAACCAACCGCAAAAACGUAGACGAGGGCGUCCUCCGAAAAGUCGUGGAGAACAGUACGGCAAGCACGCAUAG